UUUCGGUUAACGUGCCGGUAUAAUUUCAUUAUUUCUAUUCAAGAUAAAUUUUCAGAAAAUGCUUUGCUAUUUACUUUUAUUAAACUCGAUCAUUCAACGACAAACGUACAAAAAUUUAAAACCGAUAUUUUUAACAAUGCAGUUUUUGUAUUUACAGCAAUAAACACGACUAAUUUAUUUUCUGAAAAUAUUUGUAUGUAUUGUAAAGUAAAAAGAUUAUAAGUUCGUUUGUUCAAAGGUUUGUUUAAAUACUGAUUAGUGUUAAAUGAUAACCUGAGAGGAAGAGCGGCAAAAUUACAUCGGUACAAAAAUGGCGAGCAACAUGGAGUUAAUUGAUAUUGUGUUAUCGUUUGACACAACGAGUUCAAUGAGUCAUUGCUUGGACGCUGUCCGCAAUAGAAUGAGGGAAAUGAUGCGAAAAUUAAAAUCAGAUAUUCCUGGUAUAAGGAUUGGCGUUAUUGCUCACGGCGAUUAUGACACUGAUCCGUAUGUCAUAAAACACGAGAAUCUUACUGACAAUGUAGAACGCGUGUGCAAAUUCGUACAAAAUGCUAGAGGAACAAGCAAAAAUUAUGAAAAAAGUCAUGCAAAUAAUUGGGAUGAAGCAUAUGAGCUUUCGUUGAACUACACACGCUGUAAAAUGGACUGGCGAAGUAACUCAAACAGAGUACUUGUGAUGAUAGGAGACUGUAGACCACACGAAUAUAACUAUUUCUUAAACAAACAGCGCAUUGACUGGACAAAAGAAAUACACAAACUUCGCGAUAUGAAUGUUAAAAUAAAUGCAGUGCAAUGUGCGAACAGAUCCUAUGCUGAUUCGUUCUACCAAAAUAUCGCUUCAACGACAUUCGGGCACCAUGUAUCAUUGAGUGAUAUAAAGAAAAUAGAGCAAGUGUUGAUGUCGAUCUGCUAUAGAGAAGCCGGACUUGGAAUAAAAACAUCACCGAAACUUUUGACAAGUCCAAUCCAGGCCUAUACAAAGCCUGAAGAGAUUACACCAGAAAGGCUGACUGAGUCUAAACUCAAAAUUGUUGGGCUGACUGAAAAUUCAGACUCUGAUACUGAAACUGAGGAUGAAGACGAAGGAACAGGUAUGAAGUGCCCAUUGUGCAAGGUCACCAAACCUCCGAAUGAGUUCCCAACUACGCCUGUAAGCGAAGAUUGUGAGCAUGCUCUACUGGAGUGUCUGAGAUGUGUUGUGAAGCAUGUUAAAGAGACAGGCAAAUGCUCAGAUGAAAACUGUGAUAUUGAAGUCGAACCUAACUGCAAAAUGAUCGAGUUCUUUCAAGCAAAACUAGACAGACUUUUUGUAGAUUAUAGUAAGAUAUCAGAACAGCAAGCAAGAUUGAUGAAACCUGGGUGUGAACUGAUUAGCGUUUCAACUAUGAAUGGCGAUACAGAGUGGUUUCCCUUUAGAGCAAAUAUGCGAAUAAUCGAAUUGAAGCGUGAAAUAAACGAGAAACUUGGUAUUAAGGUAGAACAACAGCGGCUGAUUUAUAAUGACACAAAUUUAAAGGGUGUUGCAAGGCUUUCUGACUACAAUAUUUGUUGUAAUGCAAAUAUUUCUCUGAUCAUGCCACUGUACUGCAUUCCUGAACACCUUGACCACGUUGUGUUUGAUCUAUCCUGGGAAUUUCCUGCCGUGAAUCCAGAUUUUCUUGAUGCCACGUGGUAUGGCUUUUUGAAAAGGAUGAAUUCAUCCAAGUUAUUGAUUGGACCCAUUCCACGAACGAUUAUUAUCUGAAGAACUCGGUCAGGCAUUCAGAGAAAAAUCUGUCUGGUCCUGGCGGAAAGACAGGCCGUCAGACGAUUCUCGUUUAUUUAAAGAGUGUCCCAAGGAAUGUCACUCACCUCUAUUUUAUCUUAAGCUCAUGGAGGUCACCAAACCUUUCUGAUUUCAAAAAUCCUUCCUUGAAGUUUUACGAGGCAUCCAGCGAAAACGUUAACUUGUGUGAAACAACAUUUGUACAUGCGUUGAAUUCUCAAGCUGUUAUAAUGUGUUCGACGGUACGACAGGGGUCGAAAUGGCAAAUAUUUGAAUGCGUUGCUGGUAGUUUGGUGGAAGGAAAUGCUAAGUGUUACAAUCCAAUAAGGGCUAGAAUUGCUGAUCUCAUAGACGAAUUGUAACCCAUAUUGUGUAUUGAAAUGUGCAUCUCUAUUGACAGGUUAUAUACAAUUUAAAAACUUUAAAAAAGUACUCAUUUAUAUAUUUUAAAAUGUAUUAUACAAAAGAUAUAUACAUUUUUAUCUCGUAUAAGUGUUAAGACAUAAUCAAAAUGAAUAUUUGGUAUUUAGGUUUCCAAAUAACUGAGUUCGAUGACGGUGUAUGUUACAAAACUAAGUUUCUAAAUGUAUUGCAAUAAAUGAGGUAAAUACGUUAAAAGUUUACACAAAUAUAGAUUAAAUUAACCAGUCAUAAUUCAUUUUCAUUUUAGGUUGGUGAAAGUUCUAGCCCUAUUGUGUGAAUGCGAGAAUGCGUUAAAAAAAGAUUUGUUUAUUAUGUAAUAAUGCUUGCUUUAUUUUUUGUUUUGUAGUUUAUCAUAUCUGAUGAUGUUUUGUUGCAUACUUAAAGAAUGAUAGAAGUGAUAUAACAUUUGUAUUUAUUUUUAUUAAGAAUUUAACAUUUGAAAAAAAUAACCGUAACGAUGGACGGAUAAAUAUACAAAUAAAACAUAAUAUAUUUUGCCAUAUGUAUUGAUUGAUGAUGCAUUGAAAGUUUGAAUUUGAAAUACCAACUAUUAUUGUCUAUUCCAAAGGGAUUUAUAACUGCAUUAAACUAUCAAUAAAACUAUAACUUUUA